UAUCAUUCAGAUAACAGUUUAGUAGCCUAGUUUGGUGAUAUGUACAACUGUUACAGUACAGUCUUUGAAGAACAAGAGAGAACAUCGAGAGAAAACAACCAGCCAUAAAGUUACAGGAAAAAGACUCAUAAUCCAGAUUCAAUUCAACUAUAGGAGGAACACAACAUAUACAUAAACUUUGAAAAGGAAAUUAACACCACCUUAUACAACAACAAUAAUGGGAAACCCACACAAGUCCCACUACUGUAUCCACAGUUUUCUGUGUCUUUGCUUGUUCACAAUAUGGACAAAAGGUGACCCAGGAUCCAUAAAGUUAAACCCUUCUGAAUGUGAAGAGUGGACCACCCUGAACAUUACCUGUACCAAACUAGGACUGACCAAAGUGCCUACAAGUAUUCCACCAUCUACUCUACACUUGGACCUACAUGAUAACAGUAUAACAGAGCUACGGUGUAAAGAUUUCGGUGCACUGGUGAACCUACAGUACCUAGAUUUGAGGUGGAACAAGAUAAAACACAUCGAAAACGCAACUUUCGCGCCUCUGAAAAACUUGCGGACGCUAAACGUAUCCGGAAACAGGAUUCACGUUUCUCUGCUGCCUCAACUGGUGGAUUUUCUACCUUCUCUGGAACAACAGGAGUUGUCCCUCAACUGGAAAUGGUACGACCCAGUCAGGCUGGGAAAUACGACAAGUUUUCGAGGCUUGGCGAACCUGAUUUCUUUGAAUCUUGGAUCGAACGACAUCGUUACUGUACAAGAAAACUCCUUUCGUGGACUACACAAGUUACAAAAUCUCAACCUCAGAAACAAUCUUAUUUCAGAUAUGGAUGAAACAGCCUUUCGCCCACUGCAAGAGUUAACACACUUAGAUCUCUCGAACAAUUAUCUUACCAGCAAAAUCUUACAACUUGAGGGACUUUGGUCAUCAGUAGUGCGGCUGACAUCGCUCGACUUGUCUGAAAACUUGUUGUCUUUCGCACGUUUUGCGGCGGCUUUUCAAAACUUCUCUCUCCUGCACACUCUGGAUCUCUCUAGGAAUGAGCUAACAAACCUGACGAUGGCAGACUUCGCACCGCUCUUCUCCACACCUCUACGAACCCUUCAGCUCGAGCGUAACUCCAUCAGUCACAUAGACGGACGGAUGCUGACGUCUUUUUCUGACCUGAAGUCUCUAAAACUCCAGUCGAAUCCUGUCCCGUUUUCCCAACUGAGAAAUAAACUAGCAGGGCUACAGAUAGAAGACCUGACCCUAGGAGGAAGCCCUGAUUUGGACACCAUAAGGAAAGAUACAUUUCCUUUACUUCCAUGUCUAACAAAGCUGACAGUGAGUCAGCGUUACGAGUGGUACCCUACAAUCAAAUCAAGCAGGCUGCAGGAGGGAGGCUUCACCAACCUACCGAAUCUGACACGACUCAACUUGGAAGAUUAUUCCAUCGUUUCAGUCGAACCCUACUCCUUCGCUGGCUUGGAGCGUUUAGAGCGGCUGGAGUUAGGAGAAAACAGGCUGUCAGACUUUCCCGAGCGUGUGUUCCACGGUUUGCGGUCUCUCACACAUCUCGGACUAAGCUACAACAGCCUUACAAAAAUCAAGACACACUACUUUAACGGUCUGAACAGUCUGUUUUGGCUGAACUUACAAAACAACGGAAUCCUUUUCAUCGAAGGCACGGCCUUUGAAGAUCUAUCUAGUCUUCAGUAUCUUAUCUUGUCUUCAAACCAUCUCAGCACGGUGGAAGGUGUUAAGGGUCUGUACAACUUACGUCAUUUGGACGUGGACAGAAACAACUUCACCACUCUAACACCAGGUUCCUUUAGCAGACUGGGGAACCUCACACACCUGUCUCUCGCUCACAACUGGAUCAGAUCAAUACAGAGGGAAGCUUUCUCCGGGCUUGUACUGUUAGAGCGGCUAAAUUUGGCUGAUAAUAGACUAACUAAUCUGACAUCCUGGGCUUUUGAUGGGCUGUGGGCUUUAGACAAUUUGAAUCUAGAACAUAACGUGAUUGUAGCAGUUGAGCCAUACACUUUCUAUGGCUUAAAACAGAUGAAAACACUCCAUCUUAAAGGACACAAUAUUGCAACAAUCCCCGAUGAUGCCUUCAAGGGGCUACACAACCUAACUGAACUGGACCUAAGCAAUAACCAAAUCCGAACAUUCGGAAAGAAAGCUUUAAACAGUUUAGAUAACUUACAAGUUUUACAGCUUCAGCAAAAUCAGAUCAGCUUCUUGGAUGAGACAGUCUUCGAAAAGGUCUUAGAUCGUGUACCGAAAAUAGAUCUACGGGACAAUCCAUUUUUCUGUGACUGUGAUCUCUUAUGGUUUGUUUUCAAAGCAAAUAGCCAACGAGAGAAGGUCAUUGGUUGGUUCACAAGCCUCACAUGUGCUGCACCUCCGAGAGAACAAGGAAAGUCUCUACGAGUCCUUCCCUCCGUGUGUGAAGGUGUCUUCAUGCCAAACUUAUGGCUGGCGAGCUUACUUUCUUCCUCGGGUAUUUUCCUGUUCGUGAUGACCACGUUCUGUGUGAACUACUACUACUGGAAGCUGCGUGACCUGUGGUACAGGCUGAGGAACCGAGACAGAGUGGUGCGGGUACGCGAUGGCGAUCACAGGUUUGUCUUCGACGCCUUCGUCGCUCAUCACCAUGGAGACAGACAGUGGGUCGAGCGAGACCUGUCCCGGAACCUGGAACAUUCCGUGAGCCGGCCGAACUAUCGGCUGUGUCUCCACCAGCGCGACUUCCGUGCGGGGAUUCCCGUUAUAACCAACAUCAGGAUGGCGGUGGACAGCAGCAGGAAAAUUGUCUGCGUCAUCACCAGGAGAUUCCUGCGCAGCCGCUGGUGUCAGUUUGAGUUCCAGCUGGCCCAGCACACCAUGUUUGAGGAGGGAGGGGGGAUACGUCUCAUCCUGGUGUUCCUGGAGGAUAUCCCGCGCCCGCUGGUGCGACAGUAUGGCCACCUCCAGGCCGUGGUGGACCGCGACACGUACCUGGAGUGGCCGGAGGACCCGCGGGAGCAUCCCCUGUUCUGGAGGAGACUGAGGGCUGCGUUAGGGCAGCCGUUAGAACAGGAGCCUAACGACCAUGACUCUGAGCCUGACCAGCACGGCUUCAUGACAUUGUUAGAGGUGUGACAGGAAUC